AUCAGAUUGACAAGUUUGUGAUUUUCGUAAUUUAUAUUUUUGGGUUUCAAGUAUUUUUUUACCUGAGUAAGUUUAAAAAUUGUCUUGCACAAAGCGAAAUUCAAGAUCGUUAAAGUAUAAAAUAUCAUAUGUAUCAAUAAUUCCAUUACUUUGAGUGGAUGAUGAAAAAAAUAGCUUUAAUAGGAUGAUAACAAAAGAUAAUAUAAAAAUUCAGCCUUGUCUCGUUUUGUGUUAUUUUUCGUCACAUGUGUACAGUGAGGAUUAACGAGUCAUGAACGAUCCGAGUGCUAAAAUACAGGAAUGAAUACGUAACUAAGAAAGUGAUUGUAGGAUUUGUGACGUCACUAGAACGAAAAGACAAUAAAAUAUCGCUUCCACCGCUUCUACUUUAAAAUGUUUAUUAGUUUUUUUAGGUAAGUGCGAGCGUAUUUACACUGACGUAGUAAGGGGAGAGUUCGCGGCGUAGAGGUGGUUUUCCGCGAGGAUGGGCGGCGAUGUCUGCCCCCUCCGAUAGCGCUGCGAGCCCUUCACCAUGUGCAUGCACCAAUAUAUCGCUCAUGCAAUUGUUUCAUGAGCUAAAACAGAAAUUUCCUGGUGUCCCCGAUCAUGUUGUAUCAAACACCAUUGAAUUGUAUUGCCAUGAUAAAAAAGCUUGUGAGACACAUCUCCACCGAGAAGUCAAAACCUCCUUAACACACGCUUAUCAUGCGUCGUCACUGGCAGCUGCACGGCAGCUCAAUGAACUUAAGAUCAACCCGCCACUGAAGUGUCGCAAUCAACCUAUUGUAAGGCAUGAAGCUGUAAAAUCAACAAAUGUUAAAUCUAUUACUUGCCAAGCUCCUCAAAAAGCUUUAAUAAGCACAAAUACUGAGGCAGAUAUUCCAAAAGUGAACACUGAUGCCAAUCAAAAUGUUGUUGAUUUAAAAACAAAUGAACCUGCAUGCUCGCCAAUCACAAUUGUGAAUCUUGAUAAUUGUUUCGUAAAGUACAAUGCAGAGUCACCCAGUGAUUUGGAAUUGACAAAUGAAAACAGAAAGGUUGAUAAUGAAAAUCAUAAUAAUCAACCUGAAGAAUUGAAGGAACAGAUAAAAGAAGCUGAGCAACCAGAAAGUACGAAUUAUAAAAUAUUAAAGAGCAACAAAAUUAAAUGUAAUUUGCAUGAAAGGUUGGAAAGUGCUAAAGAAAAGAAAACUAUUAAGAAAAAUAAAGAGGAGCCUAAAGAACAGCAACCUCCAGUAGAAAGCCAAAAGCCACAGAGACCAAAUACGUUGAAUUUUAUAAAACCCAAUCCAGAUAUUGCAUUUAGCGAGAACAAUAAACAUCCUGAGGCUGAAUCGUGUCGUACUGUAUCACCGGCUCCAUCUUUAACAAAAUCAGAGGGCAAAGAUCAUAAAAAUAGCCCUUAUAGAGCAGACAGAGGGUAUCCCCUGAAUUUGUCUGUAAAUGUCAAUUGUCAUAUGGACUUGAGUCGUGCAUAUGCUGAUCCAUGGUUGGAAGACUACGAAAGCCCUAGAGCUAUCACAUCAGUAAAUUUGACGGUUUGCACACCAACGUCCAAUAUGGCAAGUCCUGUGCGAGAGAAUAGAGAUGAUGACGGAGGUUUUGAGGGGCAUGUGACAGUGACAGUCAGCCCGAGCACGCCGAGGCCUGCAGCAAGGCGUAGAGCGCCGCCUCCACCGCCUACAUCGAGAAUUGAUUCGCCAAGACCUACCAGAGUGGCUCCUGAUCCACCAGGAAUGGACCGUCUAUUAAUUGAACGUCAAAAGGAGCGUCUCUCCCGUUUAGCGGCGGCGCUAGUGCAAGAGAAAGGUCGAUUGGCACAAUUGAAUCGUGAGACACAAAUCCUGGCCGCUCCCACGCCUACGCCCUCUGCAGCUCAGAGAUUGAAAGACCAUGUGGAACGGCUGAGAGACGAAUGUGAUAUACUUGCCAAGCGACUCGAAAUGGGUGCUAGGGCGCCCCGGAUGAUGCCCGUCCCCGAGAUGGACGACGCGGGCAACUUCUACAGCAACAUCUACACGGGCCAGCGGCCGCCCUCCUCGUGGCAGUGCCACAUGUGCACGUUUCGCAACCACCCGCUGCUGGACAAGUGCGAGGAGUGCGACAUGCCGCGAAUAUUCGUAGUUCGUGCUCCGGAUGGAAUUACUGUUCGCUUAAUGCCCGGUCGUCGGAAGAUUGUGCGGUCGUGGGUUUUAUGAAACGAAGUAAUGUCUACGAAUUAUAAGUUCUCUAAUCUAUCUUAAGUGCAGUAGUCGAAAACAAUCUGUGAUAUUCGCAUUUGGUCAUUAAAGUCUGAUUUUACGUUGAUAUUUUGAGUCACAUUCCAAAUUGUAAGAAGGCUAGUCUAUGAUUGCAUUUUAUAGGCUUCAGGAAAAUAACGAUAAAGUAUGAAAUCAAAUCUUUCCUAUUCUCACUCGAGUGCUCUGUUGUACCAAAUGCGAAUAACUGUAUGUUAUUUACAUUUUAUCACUGCUGCACUUUAGGUGGAUAGGAAAGUACUACGUAGUGAAAAUAAUCUAUAAGUACGUACCUAUUUUAAUACUACAUAUUUAAAAUAUCUUAUCAAUUUUGUAUUUAUCGUUAGAUAUUUUGAUAUAUUACUGAGAAAUCUAUAUCAAAGCUUGGAUGAAGUCGAGACGAUGUAUUUUAUUUUUUCUUUUACUUAAUAAGAGAUAUGUUUAUGAGUAGAAACACUAUAGAAGCUUGUUUCAAAUUAGGAAUUUUUCUUCCAGAAAAAUUAUACUAGAAUUUUCUUUUCAUUGAUAAAUGUGAACCGCAACAGAAAUGAAGUCAUACUUAGUAAUUAUGUAUUCACAGUAGACUGUUUAGGAGAAAAUAUAAUUUAGUACCUACAUCGAUUUAAAAUCAAUCUGUAUAAAAAAUAUUUAUAUAUUCACUUAAUAUAUUAAAACAAACAUAUAAAUAUAAAAGAAAAAUAUACAAACGCACCACAUUUGCUAUGGUGCUGUAAGGGUGCUGUAUAUAUUUUUGUGAAUGAAAAAUUUACCAUAGCUAAAUAGUUCAACCAAAUAAGUAGGAAACUUGUAAAAUCAUUAAUUAUUCUAUUUAAAAAUCCAGACAUAGACAACAAUGUUGUAAAUACGCUUUAAAAUCAAUAUCAAAAUAACUGAAAUACUUUAUAAAGCAACACAGAAUACUAAACUAUCCACAGAAACUAUCUAUAUUUUUAAAUGAACAUUAAUAUUUUGCAUUAAAAAAUGUUUUUUACACAUUAAUUCUUUAAAAUUUUUAAUUCAAUUCAGUUCUGAGAAAGAUUCAAUACUUUGGCUUAAAAAGGUGCAAGUCAUAUGCCGCCACUUUUAUGUGUAUGAUAAUCGCAUUAGUAUGUACGUGAGAAUGACAAGAAAAGAUAUAAUAUCGGCUUAAAACUAGACACACAAUCACGCUCAAAAAUUGUCCGAAGCAAAUCUCUGCCUACUUGUCUAUUUAGCAGAGUUUUGAAUGAUUGCAUACAACAGGCUGAACAUUAUUGCAAUAAGGUGUUAAUUUCAUUGAAUCUGUUGUAUUACGCGCUCGGACAUUUUGACGACUUUUUAACAAGCAAAAUUGCAGUCCAUUUGUUUAAACGUCAAUGAGUUGAAUCCGGAGAUUUUAUAUAUACUUCCCGAACAAUUUGCAAGCAUUAACUAAAUAAAUUACACUUACUCUAAAAGAAACCGAGUCAAAUUUCCUCUUACACAUAUUAAAAUUAUUUAAGCAACAUGCAAAAUAAUUUAAAUCAAAACGACGAAUUUACACUUACCU